UCACACUUUCGUUUACUGAUGAGGAGUGGGCGGGACUUGCUGCCUGGCAGAAACAGCUCUACAUAACGGUUAUGAAAGACACAGUGGAACUCUUUUGUUCAUUGGACUGUAAAACUGGGAUCACUGGACUGAUUGCAAGCAGCCAGAGUGAAUCGUUCCCAGGACCGCUCACAAAAUACAGUAUUGGACAGGUUGAAGACACACAUGUACUUCAGGAAACUGCAGAGGAGAUAGUCCGACAGAAUGCAGAGAGACAUUUCCUUCAUGAGAGUAUUAUCCAGAAUAGUGCGGAGAAGCCAUUCACUUACCAUUCAGGAGACUUUAUUGAGGAGUUUGUCCUCCCGGGGAUCAUUAACGAUCUGACCACAGCGUCCUUACUGGUGAAGAGGGAUUGCUGUUCCCCUAGAGAUGCUGGCAUGGAAGCUAGUCUGGCUUUGGGGGUUCCAACUCUGGAAGAUGAAGAUUCUAGUUACCUACUCCCAGAGCCCGACUUUGUACAAAUCAUUAAGGUAGAGGAAAUUGACACGGACUAUAAAACAAGUGAGUCACCAGUAGAUGUUGAAGAGGAGCUACUGGGAGAAGCAGUAUAUCCUGACAUUCAUACAGAGUCUCCUAUUAAACCCAAGUCUCAAUUUCUAUGGCUUACGGAAGGAAGGAUUCUUGUGCAGGACCUUCGGGGAAUUAGCCACUCACGUGAACUGAAGGAUGAAGAGGGAGCUCCGAGUGUCACUCCAGUAAAUAAUGGUGGAUUGGAAGAAAUAACUACUUCACAGAACUCCAGAAGAGCUAAAGAGAUGGAAAGGUACUCUACAGGCAACAGACGCCAUAAAAUGCUUCUGGAGCAACAAGAAAUAGAAGUUGUAGAGAAAGAAACAUUGUCUUGUAAAGUGAACCUCAAAGGGUUGAGCCAUGAGGAAAACAUGUUAGGCUGCAAGCACACUCGCCACACUCGCCACACUCACCAUUCUCCAUGUGACAAGGAAGGUACAUUUCAGAAUGGGCAACCCCAUACUGCUAAGUUCACUAAGGACUUCCAGCACUUCACAUGCACAGAGUGUGGACGGAGGUUCUCACAACGAUUUGCACUCAGUCGGCACCAGAAAAUUCACACACGGGACAAACUUUUUCCCAAAUCUGUGGCUCCUCCACCACAGAAGGUGUAUAGACUGCCAUUAGAGGCACCCAUUGAGGACUUUAAAACUAGGGAGGCUGGUGGACCCAUAGGAGAUUCUUGCUCCAAAUUACACCAUCACCUCCAACUGUCCACAGUUUUUCUGCAGAACUUGAUCUCUUCGACUGGCUGCUUUGAGUAUGACUAGUGGUGGAAAAACAGUCUAAUUCUGAGGAAAUCUAUUUUAUUUCCAUUGCUUCUGCUAGAGAAAAUGGCUGCAUUACUGUUCAGUGGUUUACAGUUGAGGUAAAGGAACACUCCAAGCACAAAAACCAACAUGCUCUCAGCCAGGGUUUAAUUCAGGAGAGCUACCAAAAGCUCCUAGCAGGAGCUCACAUCUCUUAAUGGGGAGUAGUGACCAGUGCCUGGUGGCCCCCAGGUAUGUUAUCCAUCCGUUAGAAUACAGUGUGACCGCUUAUAUUAGGAGGGUGCUAGGGCUGAAUUGACACCAUAAUCGCUAAAGUAUUCUUCAGGUGUUUUGGUGCUUGGAACGUUACCUUAAUGAGUAAAAAACAGUGUUUGCAUAUAUAAACAAACCAAUGAUUUGUCUCAGAACAAACAGCUAUCCAUGG